AUGGCCGACGAUCUGGACGAUAUUCCUGAACUUCUCGACAGCACAGAGGAACCGACACCUUCUUUGUUGAACAGUACCGAUGCGUCCACCGGCGACACGGUCCCUCUUACCAUCAUCUGUGGCUUUCUCGGUGCCGGUAAAUCCACCCUCGUCAAGCGCAUAUUGACGGAGCGCCAUGGGUACCGAAUCGCGGUUAUCAUGAACGAGUUCGGAGAUACGGCGGUACGCAGGGGCCCGUUCGGAGCAAAAACGAUCAACGUUACUUCGCCCGAUGACCCCAACCAACAGUCGGAAGAGUUCCUCGAGCUGGCGAACGGCUGCCUGUGCUGCAGCAUCAAAGACAUGGGCGCCGCAGCCAUCGAAAAGCUCAUGGCUCGCAAGGGCGCGUUUGAUCACAUUUUACUGGAAACGACCGGUCUCGCAGAUCCUGGUCCGAUCGCAUCUAUGUUUUGGCAAAAUGAGGAGUACUCUGCGGGCUUGGGGCGCGACAUCCACCUAGACGGAGUUGUCUGCAUGGUAGACGCUGUUUUUGGUCGACAGCAAAUGGAAGAAGAUCAUGCUGCAGAUGGUAUAGGUGAAAGCCUACGACAAAUCGCCGGCUCGGACGUUAUACUUCUCAACAAAGUCGAUCUUGUCUCGCCUCAGCAUGUCGACGCUACCGAAGCUGUCAUCCGCGGCCUCAAUCCCGCGGCCUCCAUUCACCGCACCGUCCGCGGCGAGAUCGACCUGAAGCACAUCAUGGGCGUCGACGCCUAUGCCGCUCGCCAGAUGCUCCAUGAAGCGCGGGCCCGCUUGACAAAGCCCGACCACGCCAACGAUCAUGACCAUGACCACGACCACCACGGAGACCACCCACACGUGAAGCCCACACAUUACGAGCUGCGAGGGAUCUCAAGCUUACAGAUCGACUGUCCGCGGCUCAACCCCACCCAGAUGGCCAAGCUCGACGAGUGGAUUCGCAGCGUAUUAUGGGAGAAGCGAGUCCCCGGUGCCCCAUCGGCCACCGUCGACGUCCUACGAUGCAAAGGGCUCUUUGUCACGACGGGGGGAGAGCUGCAUGUCUUGCAGGGGGUGCGGAACAUGUACGACAUCGCGCAGGUCGAGGAGGAUGCGGAGCUGGGGUUACCCGAUACCGGAAAGCUGGUGUUCAUCGGGAAGGGUCUGGGAGAGGACGUGCGGCGUAGUCUACAACAACAUUUGGGUCUCAUGUAG